CCUAACAAAAAUUCUGGAGAGCGAAAAUCAUCCGGCACGGACAAAAGAGGAUUUACAGCAAUGGCUAUUGCAACAAUAGCAGCAGUGGCAACAAAACCAUCCUCAAUACCCCUGUUAACAAGAAAGAGGCCGAAAUGGAUCUUCACUCCUUUGGCUUUCUGUUCUUCUUCUUCAUCAUCAGCAAGUAGAAGAAAACUGAUUCUUUAUUCAAAGCCUGGAUGUUGUUUGUGUGAUGGCCUCAAAGAGAAGCUCCAGGCAGCAUUCUUGCUCUCUGGCCCUAAUUCCCUUCAUGAUGUUGAUUUACAGGUAAGGGAUAUUACCAGCAAUCCUGAAUGGGAGAGGGCUUACCAGUAUGAGAUACCCAUUUUGGCCAAAGUACUCUCUGAUGGCACCGAGGAAACUUUACCCAGAAUAUCUCCUCGACUUGGAGUGGAGCUCGUCCACAAAAAGAUAGCAGCUGCUUUGAUCCAAUAAGGUUCCUCUACAUAAUUAAAAUUCUAGCUGGUGUGAAAUUUGUUAUUGCAUGGGACAAUGUAUCUUGUCAGAAAAGACUGGACAUAAAAUGCCUUUAAUAACUUAUGUUCAAAUGAAUUUUGAAUUCAUCAAUAAUGAUCUCCAAAAGGCACUCUUAAUUCUGCCAUCGGAACUGAUCACAUGGCGUUUAAUUAUGCUCCUCUACUGGAAGAAAACUAGAUAAUGCUAUCAAUAUCUUGGUGAUUUGCAAACCACCAUUUUCUAUUCAUUGA